AUGGAAUAUAAUGACCAGACUGUGAUCAAAGAUUUGGAAUUUGGAAUUGGAGCUGUGAAGUUGGAUAAUUGUAACAUUGCGGAAAAAGAAAUUGUUAAAAAUAAUUUGAGAUCAAAAGCUAUUAAUAUUCUUAAGAUUAGAUUACUAAGCAAGGAUCCUACAAACAAAUGGCAAAAGGUAGCAAAUGAUUUAGUGAAAGAGUUAGUAACAUUGGAAAUAGUGGAUGAACAUCAAGAAAAACUCACAAACGAAUGGCAAAAGGUAGCAAAUGAUUUAGUGAAAGAGUUAGUAACAUUGGAAAUAGUGGAUGAACAUCAAGGUAAACAUCUGAAUGCAAAUUAUACUGUUGCACCUAGGAUUUAUGGUUUGAGAAAAACUCACAAACAAACUUGUAGUUUAAGACCAGUGGUCAGUUGUGUCCAUUCCCCGAGCUAUAAUCUGGCAAGGUUCUUGCAUGAAAUAUUGUCUCCAGUGAUUGAAACGUUUCAAUAUAAUAUAAAAAAUUCAUUUGACUUCGUGGCGUUCAGUAAAACAGUUAGCUUACCAGAAGGUUAUGUACUGAUAUCAUUAGAUGUGGUGUCAUUGUUUACAAAUGUACGUCGAGACUUGAUACUUAAAGUAAUUGAGAAAACAUGGGAUAACAUCAAACACUUGGUAAGAGUUCCUAGGAAGGUAUUGGAGGACCUCAUAAUAUUUUGUUAUGACUCAAGUUACUUUGUGUAUCAAGGGGAGUUCUAUUCACAGAUGGACGGAAGCAGCAUGGGAAACCCUGCGAGUCCAGUAAUAGCUAACAUCGUUGUGAAUUACGUGAUUGAUGAUACUAUUGUAGCGAUAACAGAGGGUGAAGUAAAUAACAUCUUGGAAUUAUUUAAUAGUUUUGACAAUAAUAUACAAUUUACCAUGGAAGUGGAAAAAGAUAAUAGUUUAUCUUUUUUGGAUGUGUUAGUUAAAAGAUCCGAUGGGAAAUUAUUAACUGAUUGGUUUAUUAAACCAAUUAGUUCAGGUCGACUGUUAAACUGGAAUUCGAAUCAUCCUCGGUCUCAAAAAAUAAGUAUGAUCAAAGGCUUACUGGAUAGAAUGUCGAGGCUGAGUAGUAGUGACUUCUAUGAAGUUAAUUUCAAGAAGAUUCGGAAUAUGUUGUUGAAGAAUAAUUAUGAUUUGUCAUUGGUGGAUAGCGUUAUUAAUAGAUUUAAAGAGAACUUGAAAAAUAAAACAUCUAGUUUGGGUAAUAUGAAUAAUAGCAUUAAAUAUUGUCGGUUUCCUUAUGUAGCAGAACUAUCACAGAGAGUAGAUAGGUGUUUUAUAGGAACGAAUGUGAGAUUAGCAUUUUAUAACAUCUUAAGAGCGAAUUCCAUCUAUUCGAAGUUAAAAGAUCCAGUAAGUAAACAACAACAAGCUGGAAUAGUGUACAGAAUACCUUACUCAUGUGGGUUGUGUUAUGUUGGACAAACCAAGCAAUAUUUAAAUACUAGAGUAAAACAACAUAUAUACGAUUGUAAAAAUAUUAACGUAGUAAAAGAGAACAAAACGGCGCUAGCAGCGCAUUAUUUUGAUCAACAUCAUAAUUUCGCGUUUGAAAAUGUAGAAAUAUUAGACAAAGAAAUUAAUUGGUGGAAGCGUAAUGUAAGUGAAAUGAUCUUUAUCAAAAUAAAUGAUACUGUGAAUAAAAGAACUGACACUAAUAAUUUAAGUAUUUUAUAUAAUGAUAUAUUAAGAGAUUAUAGAUCUAAAAGAAGGAAAUAA